UCCAAACUGUAAAUGGCGACAUGUGCUCGAUGAGAAUUUCAUAUUUUCUCAUGCCAUGUUAGCCUGCAAGUUUUCGUAGAUAAUUGGUUGUCAUCGGGUUUGUUACACUCAGAACUGGUGUUAGGAUUUAAAAUUAUCGACAGAAGGGAAAAUUCAUAUCAGUUUGUUUUAUUUCGAAUGUAAACAUUGUGCUCUUGCAGACAACGUGGCUUCACAUCUUUUGAUUUUAAAAAUUGUAUUGUAGAUGAAUUUGCGCAUUUUAGUAGUGUAACGGAAAAAUUCUUGUAGAAUUCAUACCAGAGAACCUUUAGGAAUUUGUUAAUACUGGUGUCAACGUCGAUUUAAUCGUUGUGCACAAAAAAUCUGUAAAUAGACACGUUCUGUUGACUAGAUUUAAAACGAGGCUCUGUGUUGGAGAUAAUUUUUGCAUAUUGUCGACGAAAUACUUUUAAGCUUCUCAUUACUACUUGUAAUUGUUAAAUUGAAAUAUUUUAUUAUUCCACGAUGGACUGAUGCAUUAUCGUUUGUUACAACAAUUGUAUUAAAAUAUUUUGAGGAAAACGUCUUGAAGGGAGUUUCAGUAGACAGACAUGGCUACAGCUGUAGGGUCAAAUGCUCCCAGUGAACAUUUUCAAUCUGACAUGGCCUCGGAGGAAAGAGGAGACUCUGGCAGCACAGUUAAUAAUAAUGAAGAGUGUCCACCAAAACAAGGGACAGAUGACAAUGUAGAAAAUGAAACUGCUGUUGAAGAUGAAAAAUCAGAAAAGGAGAAGACGAAAGUGAAGAAAUUUGACAAUAAAAAUUAUGUUGAAGCCCCUCUUCCCAAGUCAAACCCAUGGAAUAAAAAUGCACAACCAACUAGUCCUCCAGCCCAGAUUGUUAAAAAACCAACAGGUGAUGAAGUGAAAGUUAUUAAACCUAAAACAGAUGUCAACAAAACAACUCAGGCUUCCUCCGCUAGUCUAAGUGAUGAGAAUUGGCCAGCAUUACACGAAGUUACUGAGACACAGACAUCAAAGAAACCAAUGAAAACUGCUGUUACAAACCAACCAUCUGCUGGCUCAUCAGGCAGCCAAUCACAGGGCAGUGAUUCAGGGGGAGAAGAUUCCUCAAAGGAAAAUAAAGAUACUUCCAGUAAUAAUGGAGAUGGUCCUGGAACUCCUAGGCGUAGCCGGGGAAUUCGCAGUUCCAAGCAGAAAUGGGUCCCAUUAGAUAUUGAAACAAAAGGUCGUAGAAGUCGCAGUCAGGGGAGACUGCCUAAUGGACGUGGAAAGUUUGACCGAAGACCAGACAGUAGAGGAGAAAUCCGAGGUCCUGAUGGAAGAAACUGGAGAGAUGAUAUGCGUCCACCAAGCCCAAGAGAUGGUAGAGGUGGUUUUGGUGGGUUUAGACGAGGCAGAGGAGGGCGUGGCCGUGGAACCAGGGGGAGAGGACGAGGACGAGACUUUGGCCCAGGAGACUUAGUGGGUCAAGAUGUCAAAUACUUCAGUGCAGAAUUUAAUAAUGAGACAUUUUAUGCUGAGCCAUCAUCAGCCCCGCCCACUGAUAGAGGAAGUGGAGGAGGAGGAGGAUUUAGAGGGACAGUUUAUUUUAAUCCCUCUUUUGUUGAUGAGACUGUCUUGAAGGAUUUAGUUAAAAAACAAAUAGAAUACUACUUCAGUGAAGACAACUUACAGAGAGAUUUCUUCUUGAGAAGGAGAAUGGACAAAGAGGGAUGGAUACCUAUCAGUCUCAUAGCAAGUUUCCAUAGAGUUCAAGCUCUAACUCAGGAUGUAGCACUUAUUAUUAAGUCUUUGAAAGAAAGUGAGGUUUUGGAAAUGCCUGAGGAUGCACUGAAGGUUAGAGGACGAGUUACUCCUGAAAAAUGGCCAAUAGAAGCACCUCCUAUAGGACUUCCUGUGUCAUCAACUCUGCAUGCUGAUGUACCAGAGUUUGUCCCAGGCAAAGCUUAUAACUUCCAACCAGUAUAUAAUGAUCAUCAUGAUGGUAACGAAGGAGAUGAUGAGACGACAAAGUCUGACAACGAAGACAUGUUCAAUGAUAGCUUAGGAUACCCCAACCCUAAUAUACUAUCAACUAGUGCUCCUGAGAUGACAGGAGACUGGAUUCAAGUCAAGAAAAAAGACAGGACACCAAAGAAAAAGGAGGAAAAAGGAGAAAAGAGGAAGAAAAGUGAUGACCAACAAGAAGAACUGGAUUUUAUGUUUGAUGAGGAAAUGGAAGGUUUUGAUGUUGGAAGGAGAAAUCAAUUUUCAGAGUGGUCUGAUGAUGAGUCGGAUAAUGAAAUAGCUGACGAUGAACUUAACAAGAUUCUUAUAGUUACACAGACUCCACCAUCACUGAGGAAACAUCCAGGAGGUGACAGGACUGGAGACCAUGUACGGCGUUCUAAAAUGACGUCCGAAAUGACUAAAAUAAUCAAUGAUGGACUUUGUUACUAUGAACAGGAUCUCUGGGAGAAGGAAAAUGAGGAUGAUUUCAGCAAAUAUAGUACAGUGUCUGUGAUAACUAAAGAAAAAUAUGAAGCCUUGAUGCCACAUUCUACAGUGGCAGCACAGAAAUUACCACCUCCCCCUCCUCCUGUCACCAUACAAGCAGCUGGCAAGAAAGUUACAACUCCUCCUAUUGCUCAACCAGACAUUGCCAGAUCUUUGCCUGCCUAUGUGCCUGACACACCAGGCAAGAAAGAGAAAGGUCCACGUACACCUCACAGUAAGAAAGAAGAAAUGGCUCCAAGAUUUUAUCCUGUUGUUAAAGAUUCUGGUAGACCUCAUGACCCACAGACACCCAGGAAAAAGAAGACGCGACACAGUAGUAAUCCACCAAUAGAAAGCCAUGUAGGUUGGAUAAUGGAUGCCAGGGAACAUCGCCCAUCACGAUCUCGAAAUAAUUCAAUGUCUCAGAGUCCUUCAGAAACGAUGUUGUCGACCAGUUACGGUAGUUACAGCAGUACACCUCAUGCCUUCCCAGCAUUCCAUCACCCAUCACAUGAACUUCUAAAGGAUAACAACUUUGUGUGGCAUGUUUACCAUAAAUACCACGCCAAAUGUUUAAAAGAGCGUAAGAAGUUGGGAGUUGGUAUGUCACAAGAAAUGAAUACACUCUUUAGAUUCUGGUCUUUUUUCUUGAGGCAACAUUUUAACAAGAAAAUGUUCCAAGAAUUCAAACAGUUGGCAGUGGAAGACUCCAUAGCAGGCUAUAGAUAUGGUGUUGAAUGCUUGUUUCGGUACUUUAGUUAUGGUUUAGAGAAACGAUUUAGACCAGAAUUAUACAAAGACUUCCAGGAAGAAACAAUACGAGACUACGAGCUAGGUCAGCUGUAUGGAUUGGAGAAAUUCUGGGCAUUCCUAAAAUAUUCUAGAAAACAUGUAGAAGUCCAUCCAAAGUUAAAAGAAUGGUUGUCGAAAUAUAAAAAGCUGGAAGAUUUCCGAAUAGAGAUGUUUCCUCCAGAUCAGGACAAAGGUGAAGGUCAGAAACAACAUAGACGGGAAAGACAAAUAUCAGAAAGUUCUAUAAGAGAACGACAUACGUCAGGGUCAAAAGGUCAGAGGGGCCAGUCUUAUCCUAAAUAUAGUGCUAGCCAGUCGGAUCAGAGUAAAAAAGAUACAUUUGAUAAACAAAAAGACAAGACAGGUGUCAAAGACUCUAAUAAGGCAAAAGAUUCACAACAGACUAAAUCUGGAGGGAAAGAUUCACAUCCAGCCAAGGCCGGUGGAACACAUGUGACUAAAUCAACAGAUUCCAGUCAUUCUAAGUCGGGUGGACGGGAUUCACAUUCAGCUAAAGUUGAGUCACAGUCAACUAAGUCAGGUGGACGAGAUUCACAUUCAGCUAAAGCAGAGUCACAGUCCACAAAAUCUGGUGGACGAGAUUCACAUUCAGCGAAAGCAGAGUCGCAGUCCACUAAGUCAGCUGGACGGGAUUCACAUACAGCUAAAGUUGAGUCACAGUCAACUAAGUCAGCUGGACGAGAUUCACAUAUAUCAAAAGUGAGUGAUAAGGAAUCUUCUAAACCAGCUGAAUCACAUUCAUCAAAAUCGAGUGAUUCUAAUGUCAAGUCAACUGGUAAAGAUUCGGGUCUAAAUAAGUCUGCUGGGAAAGAUAGUGGGCGAUCACAUCAGACUAAAUCGUUUAACAGAGAACCACUAAGGCAUGGUGGACAAUAUUCUAAACCAAAUAGUGCAAAACCUGCCACUUCAAAAACAGGUGGAAAAUUUACAGAUUCAAAAACAUCUCAAAGUGGCGAUUCCAAACACCAAUCUAGUGUUAAACCAUCAGAUUUAAAAUCUGCCUCAAAACCAACAACACCACAAAGCCCUACUGCCAAAGAUUCAAAACAAUCUGAUAAAACCCAAAUGUCGACAGCAAAGGACACAGACAUGUCUAAAACCCAACAGUCAAGUAAGGCAGUCACAGAUACAACUAAAACCCAACAGUCAAAUAAAACAGAAAAGGACACAGAAACAGCUAAAACCAAGUCGGUGCAAACAAAAUCAGUCGGGAAAGAAUAAGUGUUGGAAUACUGAUUUAGACACUGUUUUCAAUAGUUGUAUUACAGAGCAUUAACAAUUACUGCAGAGUGUUAACACAAAUUGUAUUACAAAGUGUUAAUAAUUGUAUUACAGUGUUAACAAUAAUUGUAUUACAGAGUGUUAACAAUAAUUGUAUUGUGUGCGUGGCUAAUUUAUUAAGCAAAAAAAAAAUUCAAAAGGACAAAAAAUUACUAAAAAAAGUUAACUGAUGCUUUUUUUUUUAAUCAUUUCUAUCAUAUCACCAUAGUAAUUUUUUAAUUGUUAAAUUUUCUGUAACUUAAAUCUGGUUACAAUGUUAUCUGUUUUACAAGUACUGUGUUUUAAUUACAUGCAGUCGACAUCAAUGGAGAAGGUAGAAUGUUACCUUCUUGGAUGUUUGUAGUAGAAUUUUAUAAAAUAACUUCCAAACCUUUUCAAACUUAUUUUGAGUUAUUUGUUUGAUAUUUAUAUAUAUAUAUAUAUAUAUAUAUGUCUAAAAAUGAUUGGCAUUAAAAUCAUCAUACUUAU